GGUGGCUGGGGGCGGGGCUAAAGUGACCGAGAGCGGAGCUCACCUGGGUGUGUCCGGGGCUGUUUUUAUCAGGUGGUGCAGUUUCAGUUGAAACAUUUCAAGUCGAGCGAAGAAGAAGAAGAAGAAGAAGAAGAAGAGAGGAGACAAACAGAGGACAGAUUUAUCUUCGCAGAGCAGCGUCUAGUGGAUCCAGCAGUCAUGUCGUCGAGGCCCAACGGGAGUCCACCUCCGUACGAGUCGGACGGAUAUAACGGCCCUCCACAGCCGGCCUAUUCCUACUACCCGGACGACGAGUUCCAGCACUUCUACCGCUGGACGUCUCCGCCGGGCAUCCUCAAGAUCAUGUCCAUCAUGGUCAUCGUGAUGUCCGUCGCCAUAUUUGCUUGCGUUGCCUCCACGCUGGCUUGGGACAGUCAGGGCGCCAUGGGUGGCUUCGGGUACGGCGGUGGCGCGUACGGAGGAGGCGCAUACGGAGGAACUUAUGGAGGGAACUACGGCAGCUUUGGCGGUGGCGGUUAUGGAGCCGGAAACAACUACGGAUACGGUGGACUCGGAGGGAACUACAACGAUCCCCGAAAGGGCAAAGGGUUUAUCAUCGCCAUGGCGGCCAUCACCUUCAUUGCGUGCCUGGCCAUCUUCAUCAUCAUCGUGUCUCAUCAGAGCCUAUCAGAGAGCAGGAAGUUCUACCUGGCGGUCAUCAUCAUCUGCGCAAUCCUAGCGCUGCUAAUGAUGAUUGCCGCCAUAGUGUACUUGGUCGCGGUGAACCCGAUGGCUCAGUCCUCCGGAUCGGUCUACGGCAGCCAGAUCGCCGGUCUGUGCGCUCAGUACCAACAACCGCAACCUUCAGGAGUGUUCGUCAACCAGUACCUUUACCACUACUGUGUCGUGGAGCCGCAGGAGGCCAUCGCCGUGGUGUUUGGCUUCCUGGUCGCCAUCGCGCUCAUCAUCAUGCUCGUCUUCGCUCUGAAGACUCGCCAGAAGAUCCAGAACUACGGCAAGAGCAACAUUUUGUGGAAGAGGGUGAAGGUCAUCGACGAGAUGGAGCCGCCGCAGGACGUCGAGGCGUGGGUGAACAAUGUGUCGGUCGCUCCCGAAGCUCUCCCGAUGUCGGACUACCCGGAGAAGCUGAGAGGCUCCAGGAGUCACCUGGACGAUGAAAGCACCAACUAUGACAAACCACCCUACAACUACACCCCUCAGCCUGCAGAAGAGGAGGUGCCUUUGCAAAACGGCGUCCCGUACAGCAACAGCUCGGAGGUGGCCAGCUCGGCCGGGAGGCCCAAAAAGAGACGAGCGGGUCGGCCACGACGCGCCGACGGACAGGACAACGACACCGACUACUACUCCUCAGGAGACGAGCUGGACGACGACGACUUCAACAGCGAGUUUCCUCCCAUUGCGGACGAGCAGCAGCGCAGCGACUACAAGCGUGAAUUCGACCGUGACCACCAGGAGUACAAAGACCUGCAGGCGGAGCUGGACUCCCUCAACAAGAAGCUGUCCGACGUGGACCGAGAGCUGGACGACCUGCAGGAGGGAAGCCCGCAGUACCUGGACGCUCUGGACGAGUACAACAGGAUAAAGAACAUGAAAAAGACUCCAGACUACCAGGUGAAGAAGCGGAGGUGUAAAUACCUGAAGUCCAAACUGAACCACAUCAAGAAGAUGGUCAGCGAUUACGACCGCAGGAACUGACAACAUCUCUGAACGGAUUUCACGCCUGUCCCAAGACGAGACAGAAGAGACUGAAAUCAGAUUUUUGUUUGAGCGGUGGGGUUGAAUGUUUCAGACGUUUCCGUUCUGUCUGCGCUGAUGUGAAACACUGCAAAAGUUUUGUUUUUUUUUAAGCAGAGGAAACAAAUAUUCUGUUUUGUAUUAUACCGAUGUUUGUGUUCUGAGCAUCACCUGCCAUAGGAACUGUUAAAUGUAUUUAUUCUAAACCACCAGAUUGUGGCGUGAACACAAAUCGAUACAUAAUCCCCCCCGUUUGUUUUGAAUAGCUCUUCGACACGAGAUGCUCAUAUUUUAACCCUCGUUUUUAAAGUAAGCCUGUAAAUAUGUGGGAAACACUGAUGUUUUUUAGCCGUUCGUGGAACGUUUGUGUUUUUAUGGUGCGUUUCUUUUAACGAUGGUAGAACAAACAAACACUUUGAAAAUGAUUGUGCGUGUUUAAUGCAUAGCGAUGUACUUUUACAAUGAUUUGUGAUACCUUUUUAUGAUAAUAAAUUCAUUUAUUAAACAGUU